UCCGCUGCUGCUGAGAUGUGCUACGGCGCCUCCUACCUGCUGGCCACCCUUGGGGGCAAUACCUCCUCCAGCACCAAGGACAUCAAGAAGAUCUUGGACAGUGUGGGCAUCGAGGCGGACGACGACCAGCUCAACAAAGUCAUCAGUGAGCUGAACGGAAAGAACAUUGAAGACGUUAUUGCCCAGGGUGUUGGCAAGCUGGCCAGUGUGCCCGCUGGUAGGGCUGUGGCGUCUGAAGCUCCAGGCUCUGCAGCCCCUGCUGCUGGUUCUGCCCCUGCUGCAGCUGAAAAGAAGAAAGAUGAGAAGAAGGAGGAGUCCGAAGAGUCAGAUGAUGACAUGGGAUUUGGCCUAUUUGAUUAA